AUGCCUCGCUUUGAGCUCGAGUAUCCCAAGGAGCCGUACAGCACGGUGCACCGGAAAAGCUCACGAGCCACGUAUGCGCUCAAGACAAUCCACGGCAUCGUCAACGGCUCGCAGCUGGUGCAUGUCUCUUUCCAGGCGCCAGACGCACCCUUCCCGGCCAUCCUGCCGAUGAUCGGACAGAUGGGCUCGUUUGAACGGCCCAGCGCCGACGUGGCCGACGUGCUGGAUCUGUAUCUGCACGGGUACGUGUCGUCGCGGCUCAUGAACAUAUCGCGAGGCGCCGAGUCCUCUGGGUCCUCUCCCGGCCUCCCCAUUGCUGUCGCUGCCAGCCAGGUCGACGGCCUCGUGCUGGCCCUCACGCCCAACGCGCACAGCUAUAACUACCGGUCGGCCGUGCUCUUCGGCCACGCCACCGUCGUCACAGACGCAUCCGAGAAGCUGUACGCCAUGCGGCUGAUCACAGACGGCAUCGUGACCGGUCGCUGGGAUGGAUCGCGCGUGCCGCCCAAUGCGGCCGAGAUGCAGAGCACGUCGGUUCUGCGUGUGCGCAUCGCCGGCGGCAGCGCCAAGAUCCGCACCGGGGGCCCGCACGACGACCGCUGCGACCUCGGCGACGAAGCCGUGCUUGAUCGCGUCUGGACCGGCGUCCUGCCCGUCUACCAGACCAUCGGCGCCCCUGUCGCCGGUCCCUACAACCGCGUCGCUCAGGUGCCGGAUCACGUGACCGCCUUCCGCGACGAAUUCAACACUGAUGCUGCCGAGCUCGCCCUCGAAGCUUUGAAGGAGCCGGGCAAGGAGAAGGAGUAG